AUGAUGGCCGAUGUUGGACUCAGUUGGCGAUCGAACCCCAAUCGAAACCCGGGCGGCCCCUCUUCGGUCAACCCUACUACCGAUCACUCUCUUAACCCUCAUAACAGGAUCAAUAACCAAUCCUAUUCCCAACAGGCUCGCGCGCAAAGAAACACCGGAAAAGGUAGAGGGAGGGGAAAAAACAAACGCUCAGCAGGUCCUCAACGGCCAGACUAUUCCCACCUUCCUCACCUUAAUCAUCCGAUCUGCAACUCAGAAGAGAUUCAAAAAAUUUGGACUUCUAACCUCCCACCCCGUCCUGAGUGGAGUGAAAAUCCCAAAAGUAUCAUCAACAACUUUUGUCAACAACAUCGACACACUCUCCCGAAGUACCACGCCCAGCAAGUCAUUUUGCCUGGAUCUUCACAACCCUUAUUUCGUGCAACUGUUCAGCUUGAGAUCGCACCGGACGUAAUUGGAAUCGGGGACGAUCUUGUGAAAAAGGAGGCUGAGAAACUUGCUGCCCUCUCAGCAUGUUUUCAACUUGGCAUGAAGAAUAUGUUCGAUGAAAAAAAUCUAUCAGCUCCAGAAGUGAAAGGUCGAAACGUGAUGCCGGAUGGCUCCGAACUCACGCUAGAACAGGCCAAAGCUUACAUGAGCUUCUACUGUCGCAAGUUCCAAUUUGGAAGCCCCGACAUUCAGCACGAGAAUACCAAAAAGGGACGCCAAACUUGGGUAACUACGAUUUUCGUUGGUGGUCGAAAAAUUGGACUCGGCCACGCUUCUAGCAAAAAGGACUCGCUCAAUGAAGCUUAUCUCGACACUGUUGUAUAUCUAGGUGAAAGUGAUCCUGCCCUUUGGGCAGAAUUCGGCAGCAGUAUCGAAAAUCAGGAGGCCGUUGCCGGCGGACUGGUUCCGGCAGUUCUCUUCAAGCUCAGCAACGAUACCGAGCAAGAUUUGCGUCAAAUCGUUUAUUCUUCCAUGGAUUGCGAGCUCUAUCGAAGGGCCAAGACUAUCCUCGAACGUGCUCGUGGAUCUGGCCCCGCCCCUCAUCAAGCCAAUUCAGGUGCUACUGACAGCGCUAACAGCAAAAACCCGAUCAAAGCUCUCAGUAACCCUCGUCAAUCAGCGCUCAAAGCGAAAUCAUCUGCACUUCGAGACCGCCUGAGUGCUUACCAGACCGAUCUUGAUCCUGGAGUUGUCGAUUUGCGGGAACAACGUCAAAGUUUGCCAGUCACCUCUCACUCUUCCCUGGUAUUAUCUGCGCUUGCUACCAACCCCAUUACAAUCUUAAUGGCAGCCACUGGAUCUGGAAAAACGACUCAAGUGCCCCAGCUUAUUUUGGAUGAAGCGACAAUGAGAGGGGAAGGCGCAAAAUGCAACAUAAUCUGUACACAGCCUCGGAGGAUCGCUGCCAUAAGUGUGGCACAACGAGUUGCUAAUGAAAGAAAUGAAAAACUGUCGGAAUCUGUCGGAUACCAGGUUCGGUUCGAUUCCAAGCCGCCGACCCCAGACGGUAGCAUCUUAUUUUGUACCACUGGGGUUUUCCUCAGGAGACUUCAGAUGGACAUGGAUAGUGCGAGUGGUGGCUUUCUGGAUUCAAUCACUCAUGUUGUAGUCGACGAAGUCCAUGAACGAGAUAUCGACACCGAUUUGUUGUUGUUUUGUUUGCGCCGGGUACUUCAAGAUAGAAAAGAAAAAGGCAAAUCGGAGAUAAAGGUUUUACUAAUGUCGGCUACUGUAGACCCCGCUUUGUUUGAGCAAUACUUCUUCAACCGUGUUACCGGUAAUCCAGCCCCAGUGAUUUCGAUUCCUGGACGAUCAUUUCCGGUUGAGAAACAUUACUUGGAAGAAAUUCAUCGUGAGCUCCGCCAGCUCUCCCUCCCAGCUGCUCGCGGUGGUUGGGUUUGGGGAGACCCCAAAGUGCAAAAAUAUAUACAACGAGAGUUACAGGAGCCCCUAGCCCUCGAUCCAGUUACUGGAAAGGCUUUACGCGAUAACGAUGAUUUGGAAAUGCCGUUCCCACUGAUAGCCCUCGUUAUUGCCUGGGUUUUAUCCAAAUCUUCAGAUGGUCACGUCUUGGUCUUCUUGCCCGGGUGGGAAGAAAUCAAAGGCGUCCAAACCAUUCUCACUGACCCAAGACAAUUUCCAUUGCUCGGUUUCAACUUUAACGAGUCCUCAAAAUUCGAAGUUCAUGUUUUACAUUCAGCCAUCCCGGUUGCUGACCAGCAACAAGUCUUCAAGCCCCCGGCUAAAGGCGUCAGGAGAGUGAUCCUCUCUACUAACAUAGCAGAGACAUCCGUCACUAUCCCCGACGUUGUGUUCGUUGUAGAUACCGGCAAAAUCAAGGAAAAGAGGUUUGAUCCUGAGCGCCAUCUCUCAUCUCUGAUCACAGCCUGGGUAGGUACCUCGAACCUCAACCAACGAGCGGGGCGAGCGGGACGACAUCGUCCCGGAGAUUACUAUGGAUUGCUCAGCAAGAGACGCUAUGACGCCCUGAAUAUCCAUUCAACUGUGGAAAUGAAGCGAACUGACUUGAGUAAUCUGGUUAUGCAUGUCAAAGCUCUCAAUUUCCCCAACAUGGAAGCUGAAGACGUUCUGGCACAGACAAUUGAGCCCCCGGAGAGGGAGCGAGUAUCGGCGGCGAUGUCACAUCUACAAACUAUUGGCGCUCUCGAUCGUCACAAGGAUUUGACCGCGCUUGGUCGAGUUCUGCUUCAAUUGCCGGUCGAGGCUCAAAUAGGCAAACUGCUCCUGAUGGGCUCAUUUUUCAAAUGUCUAGAGCCGGCUCUCAACUUGGCAGCCAUCCUCACCAACCGAGAUCCAUUUCUCUCCCCAAUGGCAGCCAAGGCAGAAGCCGAUCGAGUCAAAGCUUCCUGGGCUCCGCUUGAAUUCAGGUCGGAUCCCCUAGCCUCUUUGGCAGCUUUUAAAGCUUGGUCAAAUCUCCACGAAGCAGGAGAGAAUUACAAGGCGAACAAAUUCACGACCGAGAAUUUUCUUUCGAGGCCAUCAUUGUUUCAAAUCUCUCAAGUCAAAUCUCACCUUCUAUCCUCGUUACGACGGGCAGGUGUCCUGGCCAUCAGUGGCGGCGGAGAACGGAGCGACAAUCACUACAGCCGACGCAAUCUGAUUCCACCUCAUCUAAAUAAAAAUUCGGACAGUUUGCCUCUGGUCGCUGCAUUGAUUGCAGUCGCCGUAGCCCCGAACUUUGCUGUAAGGAAGAGUGCAAGGAUGCUUGCGACAGAUAAAGAUAGAGCAUGCAUGAUUCAUCCGUCUAGUGUGAACUCUUUCAAGAAGGCUGCCGGUGAUGAUAUUCCUUUGCAAAACGAGCGACAACUGUUUGCGUUUGGCGAAAAAAGCUUGCUACUUCCGCGACCGGGUGAGAAGGGCAAGGAGCAGAUGUCCUUGCGCGCAACCACACGCUUGGAUCCACUGGGCUACAUGCUUUUUGGUGCCCGUCAACUUCAGCCAUACCCGUCCGGUUUGCGAUGUGACGGGUGGCUUUCGAUCACUGGUAAUGCAGGCGCACUGGAUGAUGUUGAGCGAUUGAAGCACGUCCUUGACGCCUCCCUAUUGAGAGUGUUUGAUGGACUACUUGCCACAACGAUCGAGAAUGAUCCACGAUCGACCAGACGACGACCACGCAUCGCUCUACCCGCGGCCAAGAAAACGGCAGGCGCGAGCAAGAAGCCUCAAGAAGCUGAUGGGGAAGAGUCGGUUGAUUCAGAAUUCGAGCAGGACGAAGAAGAAGAUCAAGAUGAAGUGGUGCCGGUCCAAUUCGGAAAGCUGACGAAUGGGGAGAUCCAAGAUUUACAACGAUUGACAGAAGAGGUGGUCUCCUUAUUAAACAAAUAUUCGGAAGAAAGACUCGCGACGGAUGUAAAUACGUCCCGAGCCCCGAGCAGACCAGACAGUCGAGCGACGAACUGGCCGUUAAUCAGUCGCUUACAGCCUGCCGCUGGAUAUGGCUCUGAAGGUGGUGCUGCCGGCGGGAUUUCGAGUGCGGGUCCGAGUCGACCGGGCAGUCGAUUAACCAACCAAGUCGACUUUCAUUCCAACAACCAUCCUGGCCAGCAAUCUGGCUGGAACCAUCCCGCACCGCCCGUCCAACACGGCGUCCCGACGAAACUACCCCCUGGAGCGGGCUACACGAAUUGGGGCAAUCCAGGCCACCCUCUUCCUCCCCCUCCCAGCUCCCAAGCCACUUGGCAACAACAGCACCAACAACAACAGCAUCGUGAUCCCCACCCUUCUUCUUCUUCUGCCAGAUGGAGAUGA